UGUUUGGAAGUAUUUUACAAAAACAAAUCAUUCAGUUGCCAAAUGCAAGUCAUGUUUUAAAGAAAUAAAAUACUGCGGAAACACCUCCAAUUUGUUUAAACAUAUGAAAGUUCAUGGUACCAGUAUUAAAAGUAAAUCUGUGAACGAAAAAGCUUCAGCGUCAGGCUCCAAGUCUAAAGGGAGUUUAUUCAGAAAAGAAACGACCACAACCUCAUCAAAGAAUGAUGAUGCGAUUGAUGAGCCUGAUGUCAAUCUUCCCAGUACAAGUGGUUGUACAGGAAAUGCAGUGCCUGAUCAAAAACAUCAGAAUAUUCGAAACCCAAUCACAGAGUCUUAUGAAAAAAUUGCAUCUUUGAAAGAGGGUGGUGACAGACAUUCAACCAUCACUCUGUGCAUCUUAUUCUUCAUCUGCAAGGAUAUGUGA